AUGGCUCGCCAGAGAUUAACCCGAGAACCAAGAUUACCACUACCGAGACUAGUGCUUCGAGCACCGAUUCCUCCUUCGCCGAACGAAAAUCAAACUCCGGCAGAGAACGAUAUCCUCACUCCGCUGAACGAAACUCCUACUCCGGAGACGGAAAUCCACUACCGCGGUGUUCGGAAGUGGCCAUGGGGACGAUACGCCGCGGAAAUCAGAGAUCCUUCGAAGAAAGUGCAGGUUUGGCUAGGAACCUUCAAUAAUGCUUUGGAAGCCGCUAAAGCUUAUGACGAAAAAGCGAUUAUGUUCCGCGGUGCUAAAGCAAAGACCAAUUAUCCAAUGGAUCUUGGGCCUAUUUUAUUCUCUAGGACCUAUAUUGAUUCGUUGCAUGUGACGGGACAUGAUCGUCUCAGAUGUAUUGGAUGA